AUGGACUUUGCUGACAUCAUCUUCGCUUUGUUCAUCGUCGUGGUCGCGGUCGUGUCGCUUCUGUCCAACUUGUUGGUGCUGCUAUGUUUUGUGCACAGCACCGAGAUCCGCCGGCAGGUGCCCGGGGUCUUCACCAUGAACUUGUCCUUCUGCAACAUCCUCAUCACUGUGCUCAACAUGCCCGCCACCCUGGUGGGGGUCGUGCGGAACCAGCAGCCCUUCGGGGACUGCGUGUGCCACACGGUGAGCUUCCUGGAGACUUUCCUCACCGCCAACACCAUGUUGAGCAUGGCCGCGCUCAGCAUCGACCGCUGGAUCGCGGUGGUCUUCCCGCUGAGCUACUCCACUAAGAUGCGCUACAAGGACGCGCUGAUCAUGGUGGUCUACUCCUGGCUCCACUCCUUCACCUUCUCCCUCACCGCGCUGCUCUUCUCCUGGGCCGACUACAGCGACGUGUACGCGUCGUGCACCCUGCAGCCCAGGGACCGGGGCAGCGACAGGAUUAAGUUCACGAUCUUCACGGUGGUUUUCCACGCCACCAGCUUCAUGCUGUCCCUGCUCAUCCUCUGCUUCACCUACCUGAAGGUGCUGAAAGUCGCCAGGUUCCACUGCAAGAGGAUCGACAUCAUCACCAUGCAGACUCUUUUCCUGCUGGUCGACAUCCACCCCAGCGUGAAGCAGAGAUGUUUAACAGAGCAAAAGAGGAGAAAGCAAAGGGCCACUAAGAAGAUCAGCAUCUUCAUCGGCUCAUUCAUCAUCUGCUUUGCUCCUUAUGUAAUAACAAGGUUGGCUGAGCUUCUACCUUUUGUGGACGUCAACCGCCACUGGGGAAUCAUCAGUAAGUGCCUCACAUACAGCAAGGCUGCGUCUGACCCCUUCGCCUACUCCCUCCUACGUCAGCAGUACAAGAAAGUCCUGGUGUCCGUCGUCAACAGGCUGCUCCGGCGCGACCUGUACCCGUCAUCCGGCCACAACAGCUCUUUAGACACAGAGAACGACUACUGUCUCCAGAGGAUCAGCUAA